ACGCACGGGGAAGUCUUUCGGCGUCCCAGUCAGUCAGUCAGUGCGUCCGCCUGCAGGCUGCCGAGCGUCUGCCUUCCCACAUGCGCAGAGAGAGGGUGCAGACAAGGAGCAGGACCGCCUGUGGGAUUUAUUAGAGGAACUGGGUGAACACUUGGAUUACAAGACAACGUUUUUAUUCUUCUAUUUGUUGCUGUUUUUUUUUUUUUGUUUUUGUUUUUUAUUUUUCUGAUUUCUGGGUUUGAGAAACAACCUGUCGUCAUGUCGCAGACUCCAGAGGAUGUGAGCAAGCUUACUGAAAGUACUUACAAGAUCGUGAUGGAUCAGUUGAACCCAGGCCUAAGGAACCUGGUCAACCUCGGGAAGAGCUAUGAGAAAUCUGUCACAGCAAUGACUCUCGCUGGAAAGGCCUAUUUUGAUGCUGUCUCAAAGGUUGGAGAAAACGCUAUUGUGUCUCCAGUCUCCAGAGAGCUUGGUGUGGUCCUGAUGGAGAUUGCAGAGGUACACAGGAAGGUCCAUAACGAACUGGAGGAGAAUUUCAAAAGGUUCCACAGAGAGGUCAUUGUCGAGCUGGAGAAGAAGACAGAGAUGGAUGUAAAAUACAUGAAUGCCACCUUCAAGCGCUAUCAGUCAGAGCACAAACUGAAGCAGGACUCCCUGGAGCGCUCAAAGACAGACCUGAAGAAGCUCAGGAGGAAAAGCCAGGGAAAGAACUCAUCCAAGUACGAGAUCAAAGAGAACGAGUAUAUGGAGACCAUUUCAUCACGCCAGAUGGACAUGCAGAAGUUCAUCGCUGAUGGCUGCAGAGAGGCCUUACUGGAAGAAAAGAGACGUUUCUGCUUCCUGGCCGAUAAACACUGCAUGUUUUCCUAUCAAAUCAGCAACUUCCAUGAGAAAGCCAGAGAGAUGCUGUCCAUGAAUCUCCCCAGCUGGCAGGAGAAGUGCAGCGACAUCACCAAGGUGCCGGACACGGUGAUGAGCAUGAUAGAGCGACUGUCCACCACUCCAGAACAAUCACCGCUGGUUGAACGCUGCAACAGAAACAACGUGGAGUCACUGGUGCCUCCUCCAGCGCCGCCAAUAAAGGCUCAGAUCAGUCCACUAGCCAACAUGUUCAAUCCAGAGCUCAGAUCUCCGCUCACCCCCUCUUCAGAUCGCAACUCAGACCAGAGCAGUCUCGGAGAGAGCAACCUGUCCCGGUCAGCAUCCCAGUCGUCUGGUCUCAACGUGGGCAGGAAGUCCCGGGUUAGGACCAUCUUUCCCCACACAGCGGGCAACAACCCCACACUCCUCAGCUUCGACGAUGGAGACAUCAUCACCCUGCUCAUCCAAGAAGAGAAGGACGGUUGGCUGUACGGAGAGCUGGAGAAGACACAGCAGCGGGGCUGGUUUCCCUUAUCUUACUGCAGACCCUACACUGAUGUAGUGAUAACAAAUAGCAAUCUGGGCACACCGGUGCGUAGUCUGAGUGUGGUCAGUCUGCCAGAGCAGGAGGAGGAGGAGGAGGAGGUGGAGGAGGAGGAGGAUCCGGUGUUGCUUCCGCCACCAGACUACAGCGACGAUGUCUCCUCUAACCCAGAGGUGCCCUCAACGCCUUCACCACAGAACAUGGUUUCUUUAGUCAAUGGGACUGCAAAGGCUCCCUUUUUAGGAGGAGGGAAUCCGUUCGCCACGGUCAAACUGAGACCAACUGUGACAAAUGACAGAUCAGCGCCACUGAUCUAACACGGGGGAGGAGGAUUUUCACCGCUGUCAUGCCUUCAGGGGAAUCGUGCAACAUGUGACCCCUGUGACACACUAAAUAUCACCCCAACUUAACAUCUCAUCAGCCUGCAUGCUAGCCUUUCUCUGUAUCAGUCUGCUCUGUUUAAGGGAUCCACUGUAUCUUAGCACUAGUGUGUUUCACUGUGCCAGUGUGUGUUUUACAUUAGCCACAACAAGGAACCAUUGCAUAAUCAUGUCGACAGGUUUUGUUGCACAAAGAAAAGAAUUUUCUGUUCAAGUAAUUGUUAAAGUAAUAAGUCACCCCAAAAUGAAAUUUAGACUUCACUGAAAUCACUGAAUCACUGGAAGUUGCAAUCAGAAAUAUAGUACAUCAUGUUCCCUGGUGGCUGCUUCACAAUAAAAGUCACCGGGUGAGUUUCAGUAGUUGAGUGUUUUUUCAUGUGAAGAAGUAGCUUAAUAUAACAGAUAAUGCAUAAACGAAUGCAGCUCUGACACAGUGUAAGGACAGUGUACAGUAAACAGUGAAGCUGAUAUCAAUUUGAUAAAACUGCCUUGGAUUACAUACAUGCAUAGGUUCUUGUGAAUACUUCAUGUAUAGGUAGGCAAUGAGAAGCCAUAGUGGGAAUGGCAGACUCCGCCACUAAAGAUAUAGAAGAAGUACUGAAUGUAAAUGCAUCAUGUGGCUGUUGCAGAAAGUUCUGUAGUAGUAAAAAUGGAGUUUGAUUUCAUGAAAAUCUAAAUGAUUUCAGCUUUAGUUUUCAGAAAAUAAUUAAAACCAGCAAAGACUUUAAAGUCUAAGCUUCCUUCCAAAUAUUUAUAAAUAAAACAACUGGGGUUUCUUGUCUGUCUAAUGAUCUCACAAAUGCCAGUGGAGUUUCUACUGACAUGCUGACAAGGAGAUAAAAUCUGAAUCUUCAUUUUGGGGUGAAUUGUCCCUUUAAGAUCCUGUAAAAGAGAAGAGAUGCUCAGAGAGUGUCAUGAGGUCUUUGUCAUGCUUGUUCAUGUUGCAGUCAGUGCAUGGUUUGAAUACAGGAUGAAGAGAACCAGAUGUAAACAGUAGUGACCUGAUGCUGAGGGGAAAAGACCAGCACCCAGGCUGUCUUCCUGACUUGCCAAAAAUACAUAUAUUGUUAUUUCUAUUUUUAUUCAUUAUUUUUGUCUUUUUUUUUUUUUAAGAGACAUUGUGAUAUACAAAGGUUGUGAGAAUGAAGGGAGAGUGAUGUGUUGGGGGGAAAGGGUCAUUUUGAGUGAAGGCAAAACAUGUUGCUGUUCAAAUGAAGAAGGCUAUUUAUAUACAUUAAGAGCUAUUUAAAUAUAAUACGUAUAAAGCAGUCCAUUCUGAUGCCCCUUUGAAUACAAUAUUCACUGCACUCAUGAUCUCACACUGAUUGUGAUUUGACUGCGGGUAUGUAUUUUAAAUGAGCAAAGUAGCCUUUUGAUGAAGGGAAUGUUUUUCACUCGCCAUAGUUUCACUGUUAUUUAAUGUAGAUACUGUGUACAAUGCACAGUUUAUGCAAAAAAAAAUGUACCUUUACUGGUUGUCAUUUGCAUUGUAUAAAUAAAGUGGGUUGUUGUUUGAAAUCUACCAAGUAUUAACUGUUUUUUUAGGAUUUUUUUUUGCCAUGUAUUUGCUUUUCAGAAUGUAAAUGUGUGAUGAGGAGCUGAUUGUUGGAACAGUUAUUGAUUCUCAUAGACCCACUGAUGUUGAGCUUGUGAGCGAGUCCACCUUGUUCACAGUUAUUUCCUCGUGCUUCAGAGUAUCUUGCCACUGUGCUGACCACUGUAGUCUUUUUUUUUCUCAAUAAAAUAAGAUAAAAAUUAAAAAAUAUAUAAACUUUAAUUGUGCUUUCUGUUUUCCACUCACUGGCUUCUGUGAAAGUUUGGUUGUUGCUGCUCAGGUGCCUCCUCACAAAGGUGAAUAUUUUGUGGAAGACGUAGGAAUUUAAAUUAUGACCCGUUUUUACUCGCAGACCAAAUGCCAUACUACUGUGGCCAUAUGUGUUCCCUGCACUGUUUGUACCUUCUCCCAUCCUGUUGGCUCAAGCUCUAUCAAGGUAUUCUACAUCCUGAUUGCUCUGUGAGGUGCACCUGGCCAGUAAAAGGGAGUACUUGUCAAAGCUCAGCAUCAGAAGGGAGAUGUUUCGGGAGUGGGGACUGUUGGUCUUCAUGCUUUGCUGCUGUUGUUGUGUUUUACGUGAUUUACCAUUUUUUGUUUUUUGGGGGGGUUUUUUGGCAGUAUUAGUUUAGUAUCUUGUUUGUCUGUCUUUAUGUUAAUAAAUUCCAUUUUAAAGGUG